AGUGGUCGGGCGCCAUUUCGUGGAGAAGCUGCAAGGGGUCGUUUCGCCCCUGCCCGCUAACAGGCAGCUUCUUCUCUUUUUCUUCCCCCUUUCUUUCUUUCUUUUUUUCUUCCGCCCAAUUGGAUAGCUGCUAAAACAUCCAAACCGAUAGAAAUGGCCCUCAGUUCUCCCCACGAAAGCUCUGCGGUGGGGCUGCCUUGCGGCGCAAUGGACUCGCACGGCAGCACCGGCAAGCGUAUCCGCAAGCCCUCGCUGCUCUAUGAAGACUUUGAGAGCCCGUCGCUGCCGCACACCAUGCCGCCGGGCCCGCCCGCCCAUCCGCAGCCUGCCGUCAGGGAUCCGUCCCGACAGGGCCGCGCCACGAACCAGCUGCUGUACCUCCAGAAGACCCUGCUCAAGUGCCUUUGGAAGCAUCACUUCGCGUGGCCCUUUCACGAGCCGGUGGACGCGCACAGGCUCAACUUGCCUGACUACCACAAGAUAAUCAAGCAACCCAUGGACAUGGGCACCAUCAAGAAGCGCCUGGAGAACAACUUCUACCGCUCUGCCAGCGAGUGCAUCCAGGACUUCAACACCAUGUUCACCAACUGCUACAUCUACAAUAAGCCAACCGAUGACAUUGUGCUGAUGGCCCAAUCCCUGGAGAAGAUCUUCCUCCAGAAGGUGGCGCAGAUGCCUGAGGAGGAGGUGGAGCUCCCCACGCCCGCCAUCCGCAGGAAGAGCAGCCUGGGACGCGGCCGCAAGACGAGUCCCAUGCGGGCGCAGCAGGUGCCAGCCGUGUCACAAUCGGCCUACUCGCCGUCCUCCUCGGACACAAGCGAGUCCAUGCUGGCCAGUUCGCCGCAUACGGUGCUGACCAAGAGCCUACCGCCGGCCACCAUCAUGGGCCUGCCUCCCACGCAGCCCGCCACCAAGAAAAAGGGCGUUAAGCGCAAGGCGGACACCACCACUCCGUCCACCAUGGGCUUGACGGUGGGGAUUUCAGCGGAGGGACACGGACACUUGGUGGGCUUGGGCAAGGGAGGCCACGGCGGACAGGUCCACGAACCCCCCAUGAACGCCAUCUCCUGCAUUGGCGGCAUGACCUUGGAGACGCCGCCCGGCAUGGGCCUGGUCCACAGCCCCGGCGGACCCGUCCUCCUCCAGCCCAUGAUGUCGGUGGUGGGGCGGCGCGUGGGCAGCGGGCGCCCCAUCAAGCCGCCCAAGAAGGACUUGCCUGACUGUGUGCAACCGCAGCCUUUGCGGAAAGGCAAGCUGAGCUCGGCCAUGCGCUACUGCAGCGGGCUGCUCAAAGACAUGCUGUCCAAGAAGCACGCCGCCUACGCCUGGCCCUUCUACAAACCCGUGGACGCCGCCGACCUCGGCCUGCACGACUACCACGACAUCAUCAAGUAUCCCAUGGACCUCAGCACCAUCAAGAGGAAGAUGGACGGCCGCGAGUACCGCGACGCGCAGCAGUUUGCCGGAGACGUGCGCCUCAUGUUCUCCAACUGCUACAAGUACAACCCGCCUGACCACGACGUGGUGGGCAUGGCCCGCAAGCUGCAGGACGUCUUUGAAUUCAGCUUUGCCAAAAUGCCCGACGAUCCACAGCUGGACCACGCCGCCUUGUCCCUGAGCGGCCACCCGACAUCCUCCUCCUCGUCCUCCUCGUCCUCCUCAUCGUCUUCCUCGUCCACAUCAGAGAGCGAGCCCAGCAGUGAGAGCGAGGAGAGCGAGAGCAGCCCCAGCUCAGACAGCGAGGAGGAGCGAGCUAACCGGCUAGCUGAGCUCCAGGACCAGGUGUGCACGCAGCUUCGAGCCGUGCACGAGCAGCUGACCGCGCUCUCCCAGGGCCCCAUCGUAAAGCCCAAGAAGAAGCGGGAGAAAAAGGACAAGAAGGAGAAGAAAAAGCGCAAGAAGCCAGAUAAGCACGGGCGUGGAUCCAAGAGCCGAGCGGGCUCCGAAGAGUGGACCAUGCCUACUAAAAUGCUCAAAAGCAAGACGUCGAGAGCCGGCACAUCGCAGACCAAGAAGAGCCAGACCAAGAAGAGCAGCAAGAGCAGCAAGAGCACCAAGAAGUCGUUCUACCCUCCGCUGACGCCCGCCAUGCUUCCGCACUACGACUCUGAGGAAGAGGACGAGAUUGUGCCCAUGACGUACGACGAGAAGCGGCAGCUGAGCCUGGACAUCAACAAGCUGCCGGGCGAGAAAUUGGGCCGCGUGGUCCACAUCAUCCAGUCGCGGGAGCCCUCGCUGCGCGACACCAACCCCGAGGAGAUCGAGAUCGACUUUGAGACACUCAAGCCGUCCACGCUGAAGGAACUGGAACGCUACGUCAUGACGUGUCUGCGGAAGAAGCCGCGCAAGCCCUACACUGACCUAGCAGUAAAGAAAGGCGGCGUGCUCAAGUCCAAAGAGGAGCUGACUUUGGAGAAGCGUCUUGAGCUGGAGAGGAGACUGCAGGACGUCAGCGGGCAGCUCAACUCUGCCAAGAAGCCCGGAAAACCCAAAGCGGAGAAGGCCAACCCCACCGAGGCCCACACACAACCCUCACGCCUCAGCGGCAGCAGCUCCAGCUCGGACUCGUCCACUUCUUCCUCCUCCUCGUCAUCGUCGUCCUCGGACACCAGUGAGUCAGACUCCGGCUGAGAUCUUUGCGGCUAAAAUAGAAAACAAUAGUUGAAGAAGAAGUAACUCAGGGACUUGGGCUGGCCCAGGAAGUGACGUUCCCUGAAAACGGACUAGCGAACCCCAACACUUUUUGAAUGUUAGACUUGAAGGAUGUGCGAGGAAGAGAAACAAAAACACGUACGGCCUUUUGCUUUCUCCCUCCUGUCUUUUUUGUUGUUGUUCUGAUUUGUAAAUACAUGUACAAAAUUGUAUCUUUCUUUUAUAAAGAAGAAUUUUAGGAUUAUUUCCACCACCCAGAGAAGAAUGUAUAGUGCAAGUCUUCUUUGGAGCUAUUUAUUUAUUUGAAAAUGUUCACUCUUGAUGCUUUCUUCACAAUCUUUUCAUCCUCCUAAUGGAGCCUGGCUUCUUCAUCAACACGUCCAUGGAACUACGGAAAGUCGUUUGAGCAUUAAAUCAUAUCCUUGAUGUCCAUCUGUCAUAUUCCUACCUGGACAUCAAGAACAUGGAAUUAAUGCUCAACUGUUUGCCAUAUGAAACGCUAAAAAUGGAAGUUGACGUUUUGCAUAAUUGUUCUUUAUCGCUGCAUCCCGUUAAACAACGGAGAAGCAGACACACAACUUCAUUCCAUUCAUAAAUCAUCUUCACUGUAACAAGCCCAACGUUCGGCAUUGGAAAUGUGUCCAUCGUUUAGAAUGUGAACAAACACCUCGUUGAUUUGUGGAAGUAAUGCUUGUGUAUUCUUAUAAGUGUGUUUAUGCUGUUGCACACACGACUGCAUCUGGCCUGCUGUUCCCUUGCCUUAGUUCUCGUUGGUCCUUCUACAUUGUUCUUAUAUUACAGUACUUCUCUUAGUCACUGUUUGCUCACUUCCAGCGUCUUUGCUCUGUUCUGGCGCUCACCAUUUUGUCUUCAUUUGACUGCUUUGUUUAUUAAAAAAAAACUGUUGGAA